GCGAUUCGCGCCAGUCAUUCGCAAUAUUUAUCGUCGGACGGUCGUGAAUAAACGAGAGCGAAUAGAAAAAAAACUUUCCGUAAUUGUUUAAACUUCAGAGUUCAGUGAUUUUGAAUACUUUAAAAGUGAUUCAAUAUGGCCUCCGUGGAAAGUCAAAAAAAUGGUGACGCGAAAGACUUAUUAGCAAAAGCACCAUGGACUGACGAGCAAGGCAUCGGCAUGAAGAUCUACCAGGGGGUGAUGAUGACCGUGGAGAUCCUGGUGCUCAUCGUCAAGAUGUACGCGACCUGGUUCCACUGCAUCUACAAGUUCUUCGUGCCCCCCGAACCCAAGAGCGUUAAAGGAGAAAUUGUGCUUAUCACAGGCGCUGGCCACGGUAUGGGACGGGAAAUGGCGUUGCGGUUCGCCAAGCUCGGCAGCAUCAUUGUUUGCGUGGACAUCAACCUGAGCGGCAACCAGGAGACUGUCGACAUCAUCAAGGAGAGCAAGGGGAAGGCGCAUAGCUACAUAUGUGACGUUACAAGCCGGGAAGCUAUCAACGAAAUGGCGGACAAGAUUCGCAAGGAGGUUGGCGAGGUGACGAUCUUGGUGAACAAUGCCGGAGUCAUGCCUUGUAAACCCUUGCUGCAGACCAGCGAAAAGGAAAUACGUGUCGCCUUCGAAGUCAACUGCCUUGCUCAUCUUUGGAUGCUACAAGCCUUCCUUCCUGCGAUGAUGGAAAGGAACCACGGGCACAUAGUAGCAAUGUCGUCCAUGGCCGGCGUCAUCGGUCUCCGCAACCUGGUCCCGUACUGUGGCACGAAGUUCGCCGUCCGAGGAAUGAUGGAAGCCGUACAUGAGGAGCUGAGGGAAGAUCCUAGGAAUUUCAGUGGGAUCAAGCUAACGUGUAUCUGCCCAUACAUCGUGGACACCGGGCUGUGCAAGAACCCCAAGAUCAAGUUCCCGUCGCUGAUGAAGAUCCUGUCGCCGCAGGAGGCGGUGGAGCACAUCGUGGACGCCGUGCGCCGCGAGUACCACGAGAUCACCAUACCCAGCUCCCUUUAUUACAUUAACCAGAUGUUCCGAGUUUUCCCACGAUCCGUUCCUCUUCACAUCAAAGACUUCCUGGACUCGGGUCUGGAGGCGCAGUAACGUCUUCUUCAUCGAGGUUAUAACCACGAUUUGCCUGACUGAUAUGCCUUAGUUACCAAAAUUCCAGGGACCAAGUAUGUUCAUGGGACACAAUUUAGCAAUCAUACAAUUCUGACAUGAAACGUAGAAAUCUGAACAGAAUAAAACACAGAGACCCAGCGAGGGUUGAUCGGUCUGGUUCGUUUGCGGUCGCGCAUCUUGAUUUACGCAUAGGAAUAGUUAAUUAAGCGUAAUGUUUCUGAUACGAACCGCUAAGGGGUGGAAUGCCCUUCAAAGUCCGUGUUUCAUGCCAAGUAUAAUAACUGCAAGUAUAGCUUGAAUACCUUCAAAGCAAUAGGCAUAUUCUAGGCGCGCUCCAAUUUAGACCUCAUCAUUGUUUUGUUUCUCAGGUAUGAUUGUUCAAGCGUAAUCCUAUCUUAUAAUAAGAUAAAACAAAUUUGUAUAGUAAUCUCGGCUUGCCUUCGCCAAAGACUGCCCCUACUCCGGCUUCUAUAACGGUGUUUGUUUGGUUUAUGCCUUUUCCAUAAGACUAAGCAAACACCUAACAACCCGGCUAGCCACUGAUGUCAUAGAAAUCAGUGGAUAUAAUCGGGGGAUAAUUUUUAUCUACUGCACAUGCUAGCCGGGCUGCUAUGGUUGCGUUUCUUCACUGUAUGAUUGCUAAACCAAGAUGGUACAGUCAACAUCAUUAUAACAGGAAAUUGUAGUACAAUUAGUUAGACUUUUUCUAUGUUAUUGAUGGCGUCUGUAUUUUAGAUAGGAAAAGUAUACGGAUAAGAGGAAUAAAAUUAGAAAUACCUACUAUAUUUUGAAAAAUUUCAAAUAUUUCAACAGCGAUAUUUUUGUUGUAUGUCUUUUGUUUAUAUUGUCAACUGUGAUUUGAUUACUAAAAUUAAAUAGUUGAGUAAUCAUUUUGAUGUAGGAUUUGUAAAUAUUAUUUGCUCUUUUUAACCUUGAUAUUCUUACUUAACCAACAUUCAUAACUAUUUAGUCUAACAUUUCUCGAAAUUCCUUAAAAAUUAGAGAAAUGUUAGGAUCUCGAAAAUUGUAAAUAGAACGUUAACGAAUUUUUUAUGACAUGUAACUAGGAUAAGGUUUAAAUAAUAAUUAAUUAGAUAAGUAUUAUUUGGUAAGUAGGUAGAUUUAACUAAAGCUUGGUAAUAAAUAAGGGUGAUAGAGAAAAAUAACCGUUGAUGAUAUUGUAAUAUUUUUUAUGUUAUAACAAAGGGUUA